AUGAGUACAGAAGAGGGCGGCGGUGGCUCCAAUCAGGGGUCUGAUACCCUCUUCCAGGGAAAGAAAUUCUGGUUAUCACAGAAUAUCCCGCAGAGGAGUAGGUUCAAGGAACUCAUUACAGAACAUGGCGGAACUGUAAGACUACAAGAAAAAGACGCAGACGUCAAGUUAGUCGAUCAUAAGAGGAAGAAUUUACCUUCUGAUGCCUACUCAUACAAAUAUAUCGAAGACUCCAUCCGCAGUAAACGGCUAGCAAAACUGGAAAACUACCGAGCCGGCCCAUCACCGCAACGCCCCGUGGGAGCAACUUACAUCCCGAGCCGGGGUAUCAAGGUUAUCUAUUCCAUGGAAGAUGAUCAGCUGCUUUGGGACCAUGUCCAGCAGUUUGAGGGAAAGACUGGGGUUGCGAUUAGUGGGAAUAAGAUUUAUCAGGAUUUGGCAGCGAGGAACCCUAGACAUACAUGGCAGUCGUAUCGGGAUCGAUACUUAAAGAGGUUACGUGGGCGCCCUCGACCUGGUGGUAUGGCGGGGUCUGCGGUUCAGACAUCAGACGCAGGGCCUAGUUCGUCAGUUCCUCCUCGGGAUCCGGAGCCUGCCAGCAGUCAUCGACAGUCGCCAGCUUCUACUGCAGGUCGAGUUCCAAUAGUCCAUGAGAACAGGAUCGACAGAGCUUCUUUAAGAGCUCCUAGUACGACUGCAAAAGAACGACCACAGCAGAGAACGGAGCCAGUUAUCAACAAGUCAGAUGGUCGAAAGCGGAAGAGAUCAUCUAAUAUUGAACCUACCGAUCGUCCUCAAUCCAGACAGCAAGAAUCACCAGAGCAAAAGAAAAGAAGACACCCAGAGCCCGUGGCACGAGAAAUCCGAACACCAGAAACAACCCAAACUACAGAUCACCGCAAAGAACCAGAACUAGAACAACAGAAGCAACCCGACCAGCCUGAAAACGAAGUCGACAGCCUAUUCCUAGAACUCCCCUUCUUCCCUGCAACCCCAACCCCAGAACCCGAAGAGGAACAAAGCUCACAGCCCGACAUCGACGACUGGAUCGAUGAUCAUAUACGCAGUGGCAGAGCGCAGAACGAUGCACAGGUAAUCGAAGCCCUACGCUGCACGAGCAUGGAUCCAAGCCUAGCUGAUAAGAUUCUGGGUAAUCUGGUCGCUGGAAAGGGGAUAUCGGAUGAUAUGCCGGGGGUGUGGACCUCGGAAGAUGAUAGGUGCUUGGAAGGUGCUAAUGCCCGGGAUAUUGAGCGCGUGCUGGAGAAGCAUGGAACGGAGUAUUUCAAUGUUAGAUGGGAGUAUCUUGGCUUGGCGAGGGACGCAGGGCUUGAGAAUCCCGAUGAUCAAUGAUCAUGCUGUAAUGAGUCCGAAUCCAAAAUUUCAUAAGUGAUUUGUCUUGUACAGGAAACCACGGAAGCAUUGAAUGAAAUCGAUACAGGGAGAAUCGCCACCCGG